AUGUUAAUCUCUGUGAUCACCAUCGGUGGCCUUGCUGCCCUUACCGGCCGUACGUCCGCUCUCGAUACCGGGGUCGGUAAACUCCCAAAGCUUGGUUACAACACUUUCAAUGCCUUUGGAUGCCAGUACGACGAGGAUGUUGUGCUUUCCCAGGCCAAGGCAAUGAAAGAUCUGGGCCUGGUCGACCUGGGCUAUAACUCGUUUCUGCUGGAUGACUGCAUGACCGAGAAAACCCGCGACUCAAAUGGGCGAUUGGUCGCCGACGCCGAAAAGUUCCCUCACGGGCUCAAGCGACUUACCUCCAGAUUAAAGUCACUGGGAAUAUCGUCCAGCGCAUACUCGGAUGCCGGCCACUGGACAUGUGCCGGGUACCCCGGCUCAUACGGCCAUGAAGCGCAAGACCUCGAGUCCUGGGAGCACUGGGGAUUCGACUACCUAAAGUACGACAACUGCUUCAUCCCCUUCGACAACGUCACGCAGGAGAAUGUGUACGGGCGAUACAAGCGGAUGGCGGAUGCUAUCGCCGACCGCGCUGCGAAGAAGCCUCACUCCAAGCCGUUCCAGUUCUCCCUGUGCGAGUGGGGGUGGCAGCAGCCCUGGAUCUGGGCCCGCCAGUUGGGCCAGAGCUGGCGCGUCAACGGCGACAUUAAACCCUGGUGGAGUUCCAUCGCGAGUAUCAUCAACACGGCAUCGUUUGUAUCCUCUACUACGGACUUUUACGGUCGCAAUGACUAUGACAUCCUGGAGGUUGGAAACUAUGGGCAGGGCGAGCCACACGGCAACAUGACCUAUGACGAGGAAAAGAGCCACUUUACGGCUUGGGCCCUGCUCAAGUCCCCUCUGCUCAUCAGCGCCAACCUAACCAACAUCACCCGGCAGAGUCUUGAGAUCCUCUCCAACAAGGACCUCCUCCGCAUUAACCAAGACCCCCACGUCGGCGGCAGCAUUAGUCCCUUCCGCUGGGGGAUCAACCCUGACUUCACAUUCAACGAAACGCAUCCCGCGCAGUACUGGACGGGGAACUCUAGCUACGGGGUGGUCUUUAUGCUCCUCAAUACGCUGGACACGACAGAAGUCAUGAGCUUCAACCUCACCGAAAGCUGGGCCAUCCGCGCGGGGAGGCUGUACGAUGUCUACGACAUGUGGAGCCACACGCACAACGGGACGGCAUAUCGGAAUCUCACGGUUACUGUACCGCCCCAUGGAGUGGCGGCGCUUCUCCUGAAUGAUGCAGGACCUGAGCAAAGCGGCGUCGAGCCCUACUGUGCGGGUUGGUGGCAGUGUUCGUAUCCGAAUGGGACAUACUAUAGCAAUUAG